AUACGAUAGAACAUCCUUGAUUCAACAUCUCGAAGAACAAUACUUGGGAGAAAGAGUACUUAGUUAUACCCAAGUCGUGUAAAAAAUACCGAAGUAUUUUCACGUCUAACAAACCGUUUCACGUUAAAAAGCCCAUGUCAUCUCCGGAAGAGGUCGAAGCUAUGAAGCGUCGUCUCAAGGACUUAAUCGAGGUAGAGAGGGCGAACAAUCCUGGCCUCGAACAGAAUGAGCUUGCCGCACGCGCACUGAAGCGGUUACAAGCUGAAAAAGUUGGUGGAGGGGGAUCGCCGAAGUUAAGAUUAGUUCCUCCUGUAAACGUAGUAGUAUGACAUGAGUUGCUCCCUCUGCUGGUCUAGUACGUCUACAUCCUUCGGUGGUCUGUGCUCAUGUUCGUUACGUGGGUGCAAAUUCUGUCGCAGGUUUUCUCAUCCUCAUCUAACAAAAGCAUCUUCGGCCUCCCCCGUUGGCGCCAACCUCGCUGGUACUUCCACGUUUGACCCUCCAGAACGCAACAGUGCUUCCGAUGAGAUGCGGCGCAAGCGACUGGAGAUGCUGGAGUCGAAAGGCAAGGACAAAGCGCAACAUCUAGCAGCAACUAAAGUAGAACCAGGUAUUAAGGCUUGGCACAGUAAUUCAUCAUCAUCUUAAGAAGCAUCUUACUUGUUUGACUCCUUACCUUUUCUAAGGGAAAGAAAACGCGUCAAAGCUUCUCUUUCUUUUCAAGAUGAACACAAGUUAGUAACUGUAUUGCUUUUCAAGAUGAACACAAGUAGUUAGUAAGUAAGUGUAUUUGUAAGGUCUUCUAAUGGUAUGUUCAAAAAACGAGAUUGGGAGAAAGGUACACGUGAGGUUGGAGACGUAGGAGGGAGACAGACGAGUGGCGAUGGAGGACCAAAGAAUAUUGAGGAGACAUUGAAGAAGGUGAGACCUAGCACAUGUUCGUUGUAUUGGUUGUUCAUGAUGUUUUCAGGACAAAAAAAUCCUCGGUUAAUCGUCAUCGUUAGUACAGGAAAGUAGUUCCUCAUCCUACACGCUUCAGGUCGUGUUGUCGACGUGGUCCACAUUCAUCACUCAGUUUUCCACUACAACUAUUUCUUUGAGCUAAGUAAUCGUAAACCUGCUUCUGAUUUUGUUUUUUACUAGUACCACCUCGACCUCGAAGAGUAUUUAGAUUUCCAGCAUGUCGUUUCGCAAUAUAAUCUCCUCAGCUUGCCGCAGACGCCGACGUCGAUAUGGGAGGUGCUGAGCGGCGUUCCGUCUUGCGUGACGGCGUUCUUGUGACGGAAAGAGUGGGCGGAAGUCCAGUGAAUUCGCCAAUUAGUGAUAAGGACGUCGCGAACAAGAUGAAUGUGGAGAAAGCAGCAAAUGGCGGACACCAAGAAGAUGCUGUGAUGAACGACGCAAGUACCACUGGAAUUAAAUUAGACGACGCAGCAAAGAAAACCGUUACUGCAGAAGGAGAACAAAGAGUACAGACCAAGCCAGAACAAGAAGAAGUAGGUGUAGACGCUGCCUUAAAUGCAGCUGCUGACGCUGCGCAGGAACAGCGAACUAGCCAAGCAGCUGCGAUGCUAGCUGCUAUGCUCAAAGCGGCGAGUGGAGGAUCAACAGCUAAUGGUGGAGAUGACCUGCAGAAAAGUAUUCUUGGUUUCGAUCGACCUACAGUGCAUGUGGCGCCAGAUUUACUAGAGGAUCUGUGUCGACGGCUUCGCGAUCCGUCAGGUAGUGACCGGCCAAGCGACAAAUACGUGGGGGAUAUGUUGCUUGUUAUGGUGACAGAUCUUUUUACCCCGCCUCUUCUCAAGUCCUAACAAGUAUGAGCAACUACAUCUUCUAGCUUUUUCUACGUCCGACUAUUUUUACACCAAUCCACAGCUGCUCUAAUCACCGCGCCGCUUUCCGGAUCCGCGAACUAGAGGUUGCCAAACGGUCUCUGGAAAGUGCUCUCGCCACUUCGGAAGCCAUGGGGAAUCACAAUAAGCAGAUUUUGUCUGCGGUCGAUUACAUCAUCAGUAAAGCGUACGGUAUUGACCGCACGCCGAUUGAAGAGGGGGAGGAAGGUGCUGGGAGAAGCACUAGCUCUGGCGCCUUUGGCGGAGGGUCAGAUGAGCGCAAAAGCUAUCUAGUGAAGCGUGGUGACAGCACGCAUCCGGCAAACCACAGUGCUAUUAAGGCAACUAAGGGAGUAUGUGCAGCAUUAUCCCCGGCCUAUUUUUUGGGCAGACUCAGACAUCGAGUGUAGCUCUAAUAUUAUUGGAGACACCUACACUUUGGGGAGUGGAACCGGUGCAGCCUCGACCGGAGGAGGCGUCAGGAAUGUUCAUACUUAUGGCACCGGGAAGUUGCAAGUGCAAGUGCUGCCUGUAGUAGUAAGAAGUUAGUACUUGAGUACAAAACUAGGCAAAAGCAUACCAUGCAAGUAGCAGCCUGGCUUCUCUAACAUCCACUAGCAGGCGGAGCGACAAGUGGAACAACAGGUGCACCGACAGGUGGAGGUCCCACGACACCUGCAAGUUCUGGCGGUGCCAACAUUGUGUGGCUGAACAAUGCGGGAGGACCUUAUGAGCUUGCUGGUUAGAAUAGAUCCAGUGUCCAGUCUGCUCUGAACUUUGUGCGAGAAGAUAGACUGUAUUGCAUAGUACUACAACGCAGUGCUGUCCUACUUGUCAUUCCUUUGCCGGUUAGAAUGGAGAUGAAUGCGUCGCCUAUGUCAACUCUUGCUCUGCUUGUUCUCGAUCUAGUGAUACUUCUAACAAUUCGGAGGCAACGCCUCGUCAUCGAGCGGAGGAGGUGGGCCUUCAUCCGGCAGUCCUACUUCAGGCCACACGCUGACAAGUGGUGCCACGAAGGAGGAUAUGGAAAAACAAAAGCAAGCUCGUUUAGAACGUCUAGAGAAACAGCAAGCAGAAGCAAAAAAGGCCAGGGAAGAAGCGGAGAGGCGUGCAAAGGCCAGAGAAGCAUUUGGCGGAGGUCGCUGA